AUGGCUACUGGAAAUAGAAUGGCAAAUGCUCCUAAUGCAAAGUGCGGUCGUGAUGUCAUGCGAAAGAUUGAUGCUUGCAUAAGAAGGUGUAAUCCAUAUUCUGAAGCAUUUAAAAGCAUGGGUGAAGUUAUUGAAGAGCAUAAAGCAAAGGGUAAAGAAGCUAAAGAUAUUUUAAUACUUUUUUUAAAAAACUUGUUCAGGAACCAACGCAGGUUUAAUAGCCCAACGGAAAGUGAAAUUGCCAUGGUAUUUACAGAUCCAAAUGGGGAACCCCUUUUUGAGAAGGAUAUAAGAGUGUAUAACAAGGUGACUACACAUGACAAUAUUAAGCUAAAUAUCUUAAAUUCGCACCUAUAUCCAAUGACUUAUGCACCGUUGUUCUUACAUGGAGAAUCGGGAUGGAAUACGGAACUUAGACUUAAAUCUUACAUGAGUAAAAUAGGAAGAUAUCACUUUCUAAAUAUAAAGUAG